CCAAUGUUGCAUAUACGCAACACGAAGUUUAUAUAAUUAAUUAUCAGUAAUUAUUUUUUUUCACGAAGUGUUAGACUAAUUGUGAAAUAAGUUCAUUUUGACUGCAUUUUGUGAAGUUAAACUUCCUGUUGCGUAUACGCAAUAUUGGGAAGAAAUGGUGGGUUAAGUACGCAACAUCGGUGCAUCGUCAUCAGUGGGAUAUAUAUUAGUGAUUGAUUACGAUUUUUUUGAUUAAACAUCAGUGAUUGAUUAAGAAUAUAUACAUACAUUAAACACGCAAAAUCAGUGCAUCGUCAUCAUCAGUGGGAUACAUUAGUGAUUGAUUAGGAUAUUUUUUUAUUAAACAUCAGUGAUUGAUUAAGAAGAAGUUUACGAAUUUGCGCAGAAAGAAGCUUCGGACAUUCCUACUAUAGAAAAUCUCAAGGACUUCACACCGCCGCGAAAAAAGAAAAAAAGCAUCGGUUGUGGCAUUGCCGGAAAAUACAACUUAAGAAGGACUCGGGUGCUAAUCACAUGCACAAUUUUGCACCUUGUGAUCAUCCCGACUGUCAGUGUGAUAAUUCAUGCCCAUGUAUACAAGUACAAAACUUCUGCGAGAAGUUUUAUCAGUGCAGCAGCGAAUGCCAGAACAUAUUUCCUGAGUAUUUUGUUAUAGACGCGACACGGAAAGGGAAUAAAAUAAAGUUCACUAAUCACUCGAUAAAUCCAAAUUGUUAUGCAAAAGUGAUGAUGGUGAACGGUGAUCAUGGAAUAGGUAUUUUUGCUAAGAGAGCGAUUCAACCUGGUGAAGAAUUAUUUUUUAACUAUAGAUAUGGACCAACGGAACAAUUAAAAUUCGUCGGUAUCGAGCGAGAAAUGGAGUUCCUUUAAUAUAUGUAUAUAUAUUAUGGACUUUUACACAUAUAAGUGGUGCAUCAAGCGAAUACAUACAGCUGAAAUAUUAGAAAGGAAAUAAGCA